CGAUCCGACCCGCUAGUAGAGCUGUUGUUACCCCGCCGCCCAGCCAGUCAGAGAACAAAUAGUAGACAUGCAGGAUCCUGACUAGAUUUCUCCCGAGUUUGAGGACGCGCAUUGAGUUAUGACGGAGCGCAUCAUUAAACCAGAGUCUGUGUUUAGUAACUGAAUCGUAGAAAUCACAGAAUAAGAAAAUCAGCGCAGGAGAAAUAGUUCCAAAAAGCCAGCCCCGGUCUGACAGUCAGCGUGUGGGAAUGGCAGCUCCCCGGCCGAUAAAAGGCAUCUUGAAAAACAAGAACAGCGGUACAAACAAGUCGCUGCCCGACGACCCACCAAGAGAGAUUACAGAACAAGUCCCCGGGCUCUCGGAGGAUGACCAACAGAAGAAGUCCCAGAAAUGGGAUGAGAUGAACAUCCUGGCCACAUACCAUCCACCUGACAAAGAUUACGGUCUGAUGAAAAUCGAUGAACCCAGCACACCAUACAACAGGAUGAUUGGGGAUGACGAUGAUGAAGGGGCACUGAGCGACUCGGACGGCCAAAGUGGACUUGCAGCGGAUGACCUGGCAUCAAAGCUGGUGGCAGCAGAGGGCUCAGAUCCUCGCUUCAUGAAAGAAGAGGAGGAGGAGGAGAGCAGCGAGGAGGAGGAAGAGGAGCUCACUCCCGAAGAACAAGCCAAAAAGAAACAUUUUCAGAUGAUGAGGAAGAUGCACUACAAUGAAGGCCUGAACAUCAAGCUCGCCCGCCAGCUCAUCGCCAGUGAGCUAGAAGAAGACGAAGAUGAAGAGAUGAGGGAUGACACGGAGGAGACGGAGGAGAUCAGUGUUGACCCGCCACAGGAAGCUGAUUCUCUGGACUCAUAGACGAUGCCAUGUCCUACCUUCAGCCCUGUGUGUGCGUAUGUGUGUGUAUUUGUCAGCUCAAGAUCCAGACAGACAAUGCCACUGCGCUCUGUGUUUUUCUUUUUUUUUUUUUUUUUAACACUGAUCAACACAGCAAAACACCGCUUCAACACCCAUAUAACAGCUCUCAACAGCCAUUAACUUCCCAGUCACACAUCUGCCUCUACUUUUCCUUCAAACUGUGCAAUAUGACCUUCAGACACACUGGUUUUCAACCCCCACAAUCUGUACGGCACACAAAAGGCGGCUGUUGCUCCCUCCUCUUCCCUCUCUUGUUGCCAAGAAUUUCUUCCUCCACCUCUUCUGAACUUGCGUCGCACUGAAGGGUGUGAUUCUGACCCUGAAAGGAGGAUCAAGGCCUUUUUAAAAAAAACAACAAAAAAAAAAAAAAAUACACAAAAAAAAUGUACCAGGACUCCCGUCUGGCGGCUCCACACGGUUCCUCUGUUGGCCACAGAGCCAGCACAUCAGCCCCGGAGGAAGCCAGGGGAAACCCCACGACCUCUUUAAAGGCGUAUCCGAGACAUGACGACGGCUCUUUCACUGAUGUCUGAUUUUUUUUUUUUUUUGUUUGUUUGUUUGUUUGUGUUUGUUCUUUUGCUUUAUAACCCACUGCUCUGUUGCGUUGUCUUUCCACAUUGAGUACUGUUUGUGAUAAAAGUUGGUCAAAAUGACGACCAGUUUGUUUGUGUUUGCUUUCAUCUCCAUUCACAUUUAUUAACAGUUACCCUGUAAUGUCGUCCCACUGAAAACUUCAUAUUAGCAUAAUGUUGUUAAAAUAAGUUAGGGGAUUAUAUAUGUAGCCUGCACAGUCUAAAUUCCACUACAAAAACAAUAAAAAUUGAAUGCCUUACAAUGUUGGAAAAACUGACAUUUGAAUGCUGUAGUGCAGUGCUUCUCAAACCGAGGGGUGUAUUGGAGCAGCAUCUUGACUGUGGGGGUGUCGGGCUUUUUGGUUUCUGAAGGGGCGGCAUGAGAGAACAGUUUGAGAGCCACUAUUUAUAGUAGCUCACCAUGAUGCUCUCCCAUAUGGCUAUAGAUUAAUACUUACAUUGGCACUUGGGUUUUCUCCUGGUAUUUCUUAGUUUCUCUCUGUAGAAGCAAGGACGCCAAACCUCGUUUGGGUUUUGCAAACGUGCAUACCUCAUAGCACCAGAUUGAAUCCAGUGAGGAACUUUGACCUGUAGGAUGUCUACUGAGGCACUUUUUUUAGUAAAGCUAAAUUAAAAUUGAUUCUAUCAUUUUGCUCCUCCUGCAUGUUAAGUUAUUUUAUGAGGGAAUAUUGCCAGUAUCACUAUUCCCUUAUUUUCCUGGCCAGAGGAGUGAAGGUAAUUUAAAGGGUGUUUUCAGAGGGACUGUAGUGAAGUCUUGCUGCUGAGGUAAAGCAUCCACUGGGCGCUCGCUGUGCUCUUGCUUACAUAAUUUUUGCCUGUUGCAUCAGAGCUUUGACAGAAUUUGAGAGUACAUUAUUUAGCUUGUGUUUUAAGCUUCAUCCCAGACUGUCUGACUUUUUUGAGUAUCUUGGUGUGAUGCAGCUUGGGAUCUUCGUGGAAAGAGAUGUUGCUGAUGCUACUGACCUUAGAGGAGAUGUCGGAGGUGGCUUUCGAUGGUUUUCGUAAUGUUUGCGGUUCCUACAAGUGUCGAGGAAUUUGCUCCGUAGCCUGACUGAAAGUACAGAGGAAAAAAAAAGCAAAGAUCGGUCUUAAGUUGCGGUCUUAAGUUGCACACUUGAAGUUUCUGUUGCCUGUGAGCUUCUGGAGACUCGACUACACUGUAUGACUUGAGUCUAGUAAACAAAGAGGAUGUGUAUGAAAUGAAAAGCAUGCAGGGGCCUUGACUGUGUUUUGUGUUGUGAUGUCAUUUAUUUUCCUCUGACCCUUUAAUUCCUCACUGUGAUUGGAAGUAUUGAGCUUUAUAUUGUGGAAAUAUGAAAGAACACUGAAACAUUUGGACUUCUACUUAAAAAAAUAAAAUAAAAGUCUUAUAGUUUUUAACAUUAGGUGGCAUUUACUCUACAUGCAGUGAAAGAAACACCUUCUAACAGAAUCUCAGUAUACUGAGCAGGAAAAACAAACAAACUUCCAAGCAGUUAAUUUUCAAAUGCUUCUCAUCAGGAAACAGGAACUCUGAAUUUAUAGACUCAUAGAAGACUUGAGAUGAUUGGUUCAUCUUCUAACUUGGAUAAAAGGACAAGACUGCUUAAAAUCUGACAUGAACACCCCAUAGGUGGUUAUUACCUGUCAAAAACAUGUGCCUCUCACGUAUCUUUGUACAUGUGUGUGAAAUGAAGAGGAAAAGCCCCGUUGUUUGUUGCCCGUGUCUCGGACAACUUUUUUCCCCCUGUUUGUUUUCUAAGGAUGAUAGACUGUUAAGCAGCCCCAUGACUUUGCACUGUCUGUCUCAAAAUGACAUGGGUGUUAAAUCCAUGUGUUUUUUUUUUUGUUGUUGUUGUUUUGUUUUUUUUGUUUUUUUAACUACCAGAUUGCAUGUUCUUUGCAUCGUCAGAUUGUCUAUAUUUUGUUUUCUUUUGUCUCCGACCAUUAAACAGAUGUU